UCUAAGGAAAAUGCAUAGCCUAACUCUGGAAUGAACGCAAGCUUCAGUUCCUUGAAAAACGUUACCGACCUAGAUAGUGACAGAUACAAGAAUAAAUGUAGCGGAAAAUGGUACCCUUUAUCAGAAUAUUUCACUGGAAUUUUAUAUUUUAUAGACCCUUGAAUAAAAUAAGAAACGCGUUAUGCAAACAAAAGACAUAUUAUCGAGAAAUAUCCAGGAAGGUUGUCUGUUGAGGAAUUUUGAUGGUUUUGUACAAGUGAAUUUCAAAAAUAUCCGUAAUUCUCUGCUCACGGUUUCUUUCUAAGCGAAGACACUCCGUUAGACCCCAUGCUCCCCUAUCGUAUCUCUACCAGUUCGAUUGUUUUUCACACAGUAUGUCCACUGUGCUCCCUAUCUCUGUUCCGGUGUCCGUAAUUGAUAAACUCGUAAAACACCAUUAUCACAACACAUUAAAGUGGAACCGAAUUAUUACCAAAACGGCGGCAGAUAAUCGACGGCGGCCGACUUCCCUCCCCGGGCAUGAGACGAUUCCGAAAUAAAUGAUCACAUCUCAACCGACCAACGCUUCAGUAUCGAAAGCGCGAUGAAGCAAUCAUUACCAUUCCUGGGAGACCUUGGCGUCUUCUGUUUGCUGUUGUUCGGGGCAGUUUUCCCUGGUGAAAGCGUCGGAGAACUUAUAAAGUUUCCGACCGACGUGAGUGACCACGCGGUCGAGUCGGUCUGUAUAGGUGUGAACGCCGGGAUCUUCCCGCAUCCGGAUUCGGCCCUCUGCCACCUGUACAUCUCGUGCACGUUUGAGCAACCGAUCGUGUACCAGUGUGCUGCAGGAUUCGUCUUUGAUCCUAGCUCCCUUCGUUGCGUUCCAGGCGAUCGGAAUGAGUGCGCAGAACGGAACGAACCGGAUUGGGACGAAGUUUGCCGUGCCGUUUCCUAUGCGUUCUACGCCAACCCGAACGUGUGCUGGGACUUUGUAUUCUGCGUGUUCGGUUUGGUGAACCGAUUCUCGUGUCCGGUGGGUGAGAUAUGGUCCCAGAAGGAUGGUUCGUGUCUGCCCGGAAACCGAGACACCUGUGAGGUGUUGGACAUUGGGAACGUGUGCCAGGAUCGACCCGAUGGUGUACUGCCGCAUCCGAUCGAUUGUACGAGAUACUUGCAGUGUACGAACGGCGUAACGACGGUGCUUGAGUGUCUGCGGGGCGAAGUGUUCGAUCAGGGCCUGGGCAGAUGUAUGGUGGGCAAUACGGACACUUGCCAGUCGGCUGGAGAGCUGUGUCGUGGAGUGGCGAACGACCUACGCCCACAUCCAAACGAGUGUCAUCUGUUCGUGUUCUGUUCGCUGGGUGAAGCGUCAGUGCUGGUGUGCCCACCGAACGAGAUCUUCCGUCCCGAUAUCAGGUUCUGCGUUCCGGGCGAUCGUGAUACGUGCGAGUUCAGCAGUGUGGAAACGGCGUGUAUCGGUCGACCACCGGGCGUGGUACCCCAUCCAACUGCAUGCGAACUUUACCUAUCGUGUAAUAAUGGUGUGUCCACGGUUAUGAGCUGCCCUGCUGGAAGCAUCUUCAAUCCACAAACUGGCUCUUGUGCCUUUGGUGAUCGUGACACCUGUGUCGUUACUGAGGGGCUCUGUACAUUGCAACCCGAGGGAACUGUGCUGGAGCAUCCGACCCGUUGCGGCAUGUACAUCAUCUGCCGUGGAGGCAAUGCCGACGUGCUUCCGUGUCCACCGGGCGAGAUUCUGCGAGUGGAUGCUCAGUUCUGCGUCCCGGGAAAUCCCGACACCUGCGAACGGUUCCCGAUCGAGACCAUGUGCGAUGGCAGGGACGGCGGACUGUUUUUGCCGCAUCCAACAGACUGUUCGAGAUUCGUCUGGUGUCAGCAGGGCACGGCUAGGGAUCUAGGAUGCGACCCGGGCAAUAUUUUCAGUGCCCCGGCUCAAUCGUGUAUACCGGGCAAUGCCAACACAUGCACACCGCUUACAGGUGUGUGUGCCAAUCAACCCGAUGGCACUGUGUUGCCCCAUCCGGAACGCUGCGACUUCUUCAUCUGGUGCACCGAGGGACGGCCAACGGUCAAUCCGUGUCCUGUUGGAGAAAUCCUACGCCCAGACGCUCAGUUCUGCGUUCCUGGCAAUGCAGACACUUGCCAGUUUACGCCGAUCGACCUGAUGUGCGUAGGACAGGCGGAUAGCAUACGUUUCCCGCAUCCAACUGACUGUGUACUGUUCUUGGAGUGUCGGGGCCAGAACGCGGUCCUGCUUACCUGUCCGGCAGGUAGUAUUUUCAACGCCCCAACUCGUAACUGUAUUCCCGGCAAUCAGGGUACCUGCGAGCGGUUUGAUAACAUCUGUAUCGGACGUCCGGAUGGAACCAUUCCCCAUCCAACCAUUUGUACGGCUUACAUCUACUGCUCGGCAGGUUUGGCUACGUUCGAACAGUGUUCUGCCGGAACCAUAUUCGAUGAAGCGAUUGGAGAGUGCGUUGUUGGCAACACGAGAACAUGCGAACGAGCGGAUGGUAUUUGUGUCGGACAACCGGAUGGAGCGAUACUUGCUCAUCCAAGCGAAUGCGAUCUUUACAUUUUAUGUGUGGCUCAACAAGCAGCUUCGCUACGAUGUCCUGCCGGUGAGAUCCUCAACGUGGAAGCGCAGUUCUGCGCACCAGGCAGUAGCCUUACCUGUCAGUUUCAUCCAGUUGAAACCAUGUGCCAAGGAAUGACAGAUGGUAACAUAUAUCCCAACCCGAACGACUGUUCUCAGUAUGUCGUGUGUAAUAGCGGGCAAUCCGUGGUAUUGGACUGCCCUGUAGGCCAAAUUCUGCAUGCUCCGUCCCGUACAUGCCGUCCCGGCAACACCAACACCUGUACGUUCCUUGACCACGUUUGCCAAGGCUUGCCGGAUGGCUGGGUGAUCGAGCAUCCAAGCCUCUGUGGACAUUUCAUCUGGUGUCAGGGAGGAAGUGUGCAGGUUCAUGCCUGUCCACCAGGAGAAAUUCUUCGCCCCGACGCUCAGUUCUGUGUGCCUGGCAAUCCGUCUACGUGUGCCUUUGAACCCGUUGAGCGGAUGUGUAUCGGCAUGCAGAAUGGAAUUGUUUAUCCACAUCCAACCGACUGCCGACUGUUUGUACGGUGUGAAAAUGCACAAGCAAUGGUAGAAACCUGCCGCGCAGGUACUAUCUUCCGUGCAACGAGUCAAAGCUGUGUCGCUGGCAAUGGAAACACCUGCUCGUUCCUGGACGGCACCUGUGCCGGACGACCGGACGGAGUUCUUCCUCAUCCGCAAGGGUGUGAUCUGUUCCUGUUGUGCACCUCGGGAACUACAUCGGCGCUGCGCUGCCCGGAAGGGGAGAUCUUGCAUCCGGAGUUCCUGGUUUGUGCAACUGGUAACGCAGAUGAUUGUACCCUGGCACCAGUCACCACUGAGCCACCCAUUAUCUCGGUGUGUGAAGGACGCCCCGAUGGAAAUUACACCCAUCCGCUGCUGUGCUAUCUCUUCAUACGAUGCACCAACGGUGACACGGAGAUUCUGUCCUGCCCGCCGAACCAAAUCUUUGUGGGCGCUAUUCGGGACUGUGCGCCAGGUAAUCAGGAGACGUGUAUACCGAUGUGAAAGAUUGGGGACUGACGCUUUGGUCCCCGCGCACAUAUAUAAAUCAAUAAACGCUUCCUUAUCUUAGUCUUG